GUUUGCUCUCUGAACCCGGCAGAGGAGCAGGAAGUGGAGGCAGAGGCAGGCUUGGGGAGCUGAGCUGUGUGGGGCAUGGUGUUCGCAGGGUGCAGGACUGCGUGGCGCUCAGCCGCCCCACAUAGAGAUCCUGUCCCCUUCCCUUCAGGGGCUGUCACAGGGACAUGGUGAUACUCCGAGCAGGUCUCUGCCCCGGCCUCACGGCAGAGAUGAUCCAGCUUCUGAAAGCCAACAGCAUCGCUACAGUGGUGGACCUUGUCUCCUCGGACCUGGAGGAAGUUGCCCGGAAGUGCUGCCUGUCCUACAAGGCCCUGGUCGCCGUGAGACGUGUGUUGCUGGCACAGUUUUCAGCCUUUCCUGUCAACGGGGCGGAUCUCUACGAGGAACUCAAGAGCUCCACAGCCAUCCUGUCCACAGGGAGCAAGAGCUUGGAUAAACUGCUGGACUCUGGCCUGUACACUGGUGAAGUGACCGAGCUCACAGGAGCGCCCAGCAGUGGCAAGACACAGGUGUGCCUCAGCAUAGCCAUGAGCACGUCCCACGACCUCAAGCAGAACGUCCUCUACGUCGACUCCACGGGCGGGUUCACGGCCUCUCGCCUGCUCCAGCUGGCUCAGACCAGGACAGGGGAUGAAGAGGAGCAGGUGGAGGCUCUGCAGAGGAUUCAGGUGGCCCGGGUGUUCGAUGUCUAUAAAAUGCUGGAUGUGUUACAGGAACUCCGGUGCAGCGUGUCCCAGCAGGUCCUGAGCUCCUCGGGGCCGGUGAAGGUGCUGGUGGUUGACUCCGUCUCAGCGGUGAUUUGCCCGCUCCUCGGAGGCAGGCAGGCGGAGGGCUUGGCCAUCAUGAUGCAGCUGGCCAGGGAACUGAAGACACUCGCCAGAGAACUGAGCAUGGCUGUGGUGGUGACUAACCACGUGACCAGAGAUGGCAGCAGUGGUCACCUGAAACCAGCCCUAGGUCGCUCCUGGAGUUUUGUGCCCAGCACCCGGGUGCUGUUAGAGAGCAGAGAAGGCACUUGGGGACAAGCUAGCACCCGUCGCAUUGCUUCCUUAACAAAAUCGCCCCGGCAGCCAACUGGGAUUGAGGUGGAGCUAGACAUCGGAAGCUGUGGGGUACUGGAAGAGAGCCCAGUUGCAUCUGGAGAGGGACGCUGAUGGAGGGUGAAAAGUGAACUGCAGAUUACAAGGGCCUUUACUGUGGGCACCUUUGCAGCUAAUAUCACUGAAGACUGCAGAACCAGACCACAUUAGCCAAGCCAUCUUGGUGGCCAGGAGAGAUGCUUGGAGUCCCAGAAGAAAGGACUGUAGAAACAGGUCUGUUUCCUGUUGUCUUUGCCAAUUAAGGAACUCCCUCAUCCUGGGCAAGGGAGGUUUGGGGUUCCAAGGAGAUCUCAGAGGAAUGCGUUUGAAGUCAGACAAGCGCUGCGUGUGGCUGUAGCACUUUUCUGGAGUGCGUUAAAACCACAAGCCCUUUCCUGGGGGUUCUGUGGAUUAUCAGGGAACCUUUGUCUCAGGGUGUCAUGGGAUCAGCGGGAAUUUUGCUGAAUUAUUUGAUGAAUAAACACCAGACUGUUGGUAA